AUGUCGUUCGCCGGGCUUCUUGAUUUUGCUCGAAAGGAUAUCGAUAUUCCAGCAAGUUCUCCAAGAAAUCUACUCAAAGAUGUGCAUUCCCAAUUCAUUCAUCAAUAUCAAGCUGAUCAUAAUAGUUAUGUAAGUGUAUAUUUGAAAAAUCACUGAUUCAGAAUUAAUAAAUUGCAGAUGUAUAUAAUGUCUGAACAUUUACGAGUAAGCGGAAUAUAUUGGUGUGUAAAUGCGAUGGAUUUGAGCAAAGAUUUGGAGAAAAUGCCCUCGCAGGAGAUCAUAGAAUAUGUGAAAACAUGCAGAAAUUCUGAUGGUGGAUAUGGACCAGCUCCCGGACAUGAUAGUCAUAUUUUACAUACAUUAUGUGCGGUGCAAACUUUAUUGAUUUUUGGAGAAACAAUAGAUUCUGAAACAAGCAAUGAAAUCGCGAGUUAUGUAAAAUCUCUUCAACAAGAAGAUGGAAGUUUUGUAGGUGAUAUUGCUGGAGAAAUAGAUACUCGUUUCACAAUGUGUUCACUUGCCACGUGUCAUCUUAUAAACCGCCCAAAUACCUUGAAUAUUCAAAAAGCGAUCGAAUUUAUAAUGCGAUGUUAUAAUACAGAUGGUGGUUUUGGAACACGUCCAGGAUCAGAAAGUCAUGCUGGACAAGUUUAUUGUUGUGUUGGAAGUUUAGCAAUAACAGGUAGAUUAGAAGAAAUAAAUCGAGAUCGAACAGCUGAAUGGUUGGCAUUUCGACAAUGUGAAAGUGGUGGAUUGAAUGGAAGACCUGAAAAAUUACCGGAUGUUUGUUAUUCUUGGUGGGUUUUGGCGAGUUUGGCAAUUCUGGGAAGACUUGAUUUUAUUGAUGAAAAGAAGAUGAAACGAUUUAUUUUUGCGUGUCAAGAUGAUGAAACUGGUGGAUUUGCAGACAGACCAGGAGAUUGUGUAAGUCGCUAUUAAAAAAAUAUUCUGAAAUUCAACAAAAUUCCAGGCUGAUCCAUUUCACACAGUUUUCGGGAUUGCUGCUCUCUCACUUUUUGGCGACGAAACUUUGGAACCAGUUGAUCCGAUAUUUUGUAUGACGAAAAGAAGUCUUGGCAAAUUAUCGAUUUUGUGA